GCGGGGCAUUGUGGGGGCUCCGGGAUGGCGGCGGCAGUGGCUGCGCUGUGCCGGCACCUCACGGGCGCCUUGCGGGUGUCGGCGGCGCUGCGGGCCCGGCCGAGCCCCGGUCCCGCUCUGAGUCCGCUGCCGCGGAGCGUCCUGCAGGGAGCGCGCAGGUGUCUACACGCCACGUCGUGCCGCAGGGGGCUGGAAGAGUUUUUUGACGACGAGAAAAACUGGGGAGAAUUAAGAGUCAAAUCCGGUGAUGCUUGGAAAAUAACACAACUAAGAGGCAAGAGUAACGAAGACUUGCACAAACUUUGGUAUGUCCUGCUAAAAGAGAAAAACAUGCUUUUAACUUUACAGCAAGAAGCGAAACGACAAAGAGUACCCAUGCCAAGUCCAGAGCGAUUAGAAAAGGUAGAAACUUCCAUGAAAAGAAUAGACGACGUUGUUGAAGAAAGAGAAACUGCUCUACGGCUUUUACAAACUGGUCAGGAAAAAAGCAGACCUGGGGAAUGGAGACAGGACUUCUUAGGACGUACCCACUGGUACACUUUCAAGGAGUGGCCUAUACCUUGGUACUUAAACACAAGAUACAAAAGGAAGAGAUUCUUCUACACAUCAGAAGUGAAACAUUUUAUCAGACUGAAAAUUGAAAAAGCAUUGCGUCAGCGGACAAGGAUGAAAGCCUUAGAAAGAAAGAAGCAGGAGCUCUUACAAAAGAAAUUCCCUCAUCUGGCUGCAAAGUCUCAGAGUUAACGUCAUCCUGGAGGGUUUGUGCGAGUAACCGUGACUGUAGGAAUCUACACUGUUUCAUGUAACCUGAUAUAUUAUACAUUUUGUAUAACCAGUAUAUACCACGGUGGAGUGCUCAAAGUGGUGUUGGUUUUUUGUUUGGUUGGUUUUUUUUACUGUGGAGCAGAGACAAUAAGCCAAAAACCUCGCUCCUUAACCUAAAAUUGAAUCCUGAUCUGGUCAGGUGACCUUCACAAAACUUUUAAAAUAUGUGACUCAACGCAGCUUGACUCUAAAAUAAGUUUCCUAGAAACAAGUAAUAUAUUAUUUCAACAUUAGUUCCUCUAAAACUGAACUGUUCCUGCUUAUUCACCAGCACAUGGGCAGAUGACAAUCAGACCGUAGUCUACAAUUGCCUGUAUUGUAUACUUGUUUGUGUUAGCUUUUAAAAAAGAUACAUCUCGAUUUAGUUUCUCACUCUUAACAGCAUCUCUUCACAUUAAAACAGAGCUCCAUUCCU